AUGACGGCCGUCUUCAAGAUCAUACCUACCACCCAGAAGUAUGACUGGGGCAAGAUUGGUUUGUCUUCCAAGGUCGCGCAGUAUGCAUCAGCGGCCAACCUCCCGGGCUUUACGCUCGACGAGAACGCGCCCUACGCCGAACUAUGGAUGGGAACACACCACACUUCUCCUUCACGCUUGCUUGACUCGCCUUCGCAGGAGAAGCUGUCCGAGUACCUCGCCGCACACCCAGAGCUCAUCGGCCCGUCUGUCACAGAACGCUUCAAAGGCGAGGGCGCCGCAGAAGGGAACCUGCCCUUCCUGUUGAAGAUCCUCGCCAUCGAGAAGGCGUUGAGUAUUCAGACCCACCCGGACAAGGAGACAGCGCGCAAGCUGCAUGCAGAGCGUCCGGACGUGUACAAGGACGCGAACCAUAAACCCGAAAUGGCACUCGCUUUGACACCGUUCCAGGCAUUGUGCGGCUUCCUCCCAUUACCACGCAUCGCAGACUACCUCGUCGACACGCCCGAGUUCGCCGCGCUGGUUCCCCAGGCGAUCCGAGAGCAGUUCCUCCAGGUCGCAUCCACGGAGGACUCCGCAGACUUGAAAGUCAAGCAGGCUUUGAAGGAUGUCUUCUCCGCAGUGAUGACGGCUGAUGCCUCGCUCUUCCAACCGGAGCUCGAGAAGCUCGUCGCGCGGUACAAAUCUGGGGGCGCGAAGCCAUCAGAGAAAGAUGUGCGCGAUCUAGUCCUCCGUCUUGACAGCCAGUUCCCCGGCGAUAUCGGAGUGUUCUGCGCGUUCCUUCUCAACCAUCUGAGCUUGCACCCAGGCGAGGCGAUCUUUCUUGCUGCGGGCGAGCCGCACGCGUAUGUCUCUGGAGACAUCGUAGAGUGCAUGGCGACGUCCGACAACGUCAUCCGCGCGGGUCUCACGCCCAAGCUGCGCGACGUGCCCAACCUCGUCGCGGGGCUCACCUACAACGCCGCACACGCGUCCAAGCACCUCGUCGAGCCGCGCUCGUUCCAGGCGUCCACGCACAGCACGCUCUACGACCCCCCUAUCCCCGAGUUCUCCGUGUUGCGCGCGGUGGUGCCCAGCGGGGAGACGGAGACGCACCCGCCGAUCGACGGCCCGAGCAUCGCGAUCGUGACUGGGGGCAAGGGGACGGUCGUGUGGGGGAGCAGGGAGCAGCUGAACGUGUCGGAGGGGGAUGUGUUCUUCGUCGGGGCUGGCCAUGAGAUCGAGCUUGUGGCUGCUGGCGGGGACGCGCUGGUCGUGCACAGGGCGUUCGUCGAGGGGAAGUGA